AGUGAAGGGAGAAGAAGGCCAACGAUGACUCGCUCGGCUGGCCUGAGCUGGGGUUGCAAAGCUUCCAGAGCCGAAACCCAAGCUUAUCACGAACCGCACGUUUUCUCCCAUCAACCCACCGAUCAAUCUAAUCCGAGUUGUGCGACGUGGCCAAUGAGUGCCGACAAUGGAUUUCAAUAACCCUAAUGCGUAUGGCGGCCAGUUCGCCAAUUCUCCGCAACACGCCCAAUUCGAUGCACAGGCGCGGCUUCAGCAACAGGGCAACCCACAUGGACAAUAUGGGCAGACCGCAUCUUUCCCGGGCAUGGGUGGCGCCAUGGGCAGCAACGGAAUCCAGCCAGGAGCCCCAUAUCUCCAGCAGCGAGCCGCCAUGCAGCAACAGCAGCAACAGCAACAACAGCAACAACAACAACAACAACAGCAGCAGCAGCAACACCAGCUGUCGUCGCCGAGCCCCUACUCCAACGCGCCCUAUGCGCAGACGAUGCCCUCGCCCGCCCACCACCAGUUUGCCCAGAACCGCCAGACGGCCUCCCCCGCGAGCACCACCGGACAGGCGCCCUUUGCGACGCCCCAACCCCAGCAGUCGCCCAGUAGCAUGCAGACCAACGGCCAGCAGCAGCCCAUGAAUCUCCAGCUGCCCGUCAAGGCCGAGCCGCCACAGGUCCACACGCCAGUCAAGCAGGUGCCCCCGUCGCCUGUGUCGCCAGUCAACCAGGCGCGCAGUGCCGACCGCGUCGCGACCCUCCUCGACAUCAACAGCAUCCUCAUAAAGGAGGUCUGCGAGCUCCAGGUGCAGGGCAAGGCCGGCCAAGUAGGGCCCACGCCAGAAGGGAAGCCCGAAGGCGACAAGCCCCAGCCAUCCAAGGACUACAUGCGCCGCCUGCAGGCAAACCUCGCAUACCUUGCGCAGAACGCCGAGAAGGUGCCUAAGCCUGGUCAACAACUACAGCCUGGGCCUGCCAUAAUGUCGAUUCCCGCCGCCCCCGCCGAGCUCGCAAAGCUGUAUACCAAGCUCCAGGAGCUGUUUCCGGGAUGGAAAGGCCAAACUCCCCAGAUGAAGCAAUCACCAGGACCACAGCGCAUCAACUCGAAUACCUCACAACCACCGAAUAGCGCAGGCCUGCAGCAGAAUUGGGGGCAGAACGCUAUGCAGCAGCAACAGCAGCAGCAACAACAACAAGCUAAGCAGGAGAACCAAUAAAGGGUCGAACAACCUCCUCCAUCGCAGGCGUAUGGACGGCGUUACUGUACUUUUAUACCUUGUGUAAGAUUGGCGUAGACAAGACGUGCUUGUCAUGGGUGUUUUUGAACAAUUCUACAAAAGAGUCGGACACAGG